CCUGGCCCUAAAUAAACUGGUUCCGAAACGACACUCGCUCGAGACGACUAAGCAGCAGAACACGAAGACAGCAAUGGCAUCUUCGGCAGCACUUCGAGACCUCCAGCGUGAACUCGAAAACAAAGUUAAUGAUCUCAGUAAACACCAAAAAGAUAUAGCUAAGAAUCACCAAGUGAGAAAGAAGUACACCAUACAGCUUGGAGAGAACGAACUCGUCCUCAAGGAGUUGGGUUUUUUAAAUGAAGGAGCAAAUGUAUACAAAUUGAUUGGUCCGGUACUAGUGAAGCAAGAUUUAGCCGAGGCUAAUGCGAACGUGCGCAAGAGAAUUGAGUACAUCUCUGCUGAAUUGAAGCGACUUGAUGCAACUCUUCAAGAUUUGGAAGAAAAGCAAAAUAGCCAAAAAGAGGCGAUCUUUAAAGUACAACAGAGGAUUCAAUCACUUCAGGCUGGAAAAGCAAAGACAUAAUUUACUUCAUUUAUGUGUUCAGUUUGUAGCUGUUCCUUCCCCUUGACUGGCAUGUGAGAUUUUGGUGUAUUUUUUGUUACUAUUUGAAGCUUCAGUGUGCAUAACAGCCUAUAAUAAUUGUUAUUGCAGUUUUGUGGGAUGCUAAGUUAUCGUUGCAGAAAUGAUUCAGUUAUGUGUCUAUUUGCAUUUCCUAACAUAUUUUGUUAAAUUUCUGAAGAAAGGAAUAUAUUGACUUUAAA